CACCGCGGGCGCGUGUAGCCAAACAUGUUUAAAACCGUGUUUAAUAAAACUACCUAAAUGAGGUUGUUUAACUUUCGUGUUUAACUAAACACAUUAAAGAUGGCGGUUGCCAAAAAAACCCGCGGAAGGAUUUGGGAAAACCAGGAAACGUUAUUGUUACUACAGAAGUGGGGGGACGAAAAUAUACAAAUGAAGUUAAUAUCUUGUACCAGAAAGAGGCCUAUAUGGCAAGAAAUAAGUGAUUUUAUUCGAGCGGCAGGCUACGAAGACCGUGAUGAAGAUGCCUGCAAAACAAGAGUACACACAUUAGUAAGUGCGUAUCGCUCCUACAAAGACGAAUGUGAGAAGACCGGAAACGGGACUCCAAAGAGGAAGCCGGCGUUUUUCGACGAAGUCGAUGAAUUUCUCUCAAAAAAACCAUGUACCAAACCGAAGGUUGUGGUAAAUUCUUCAAAAAUUAUCAUUGAGGCGGACAACGAAGAAGAAGACAAUGAAAAAAUUAAGAACGAUGAACCAAACGAAGAGUUGCCUUCCUUCAGCGGCGGCACCAGCGUCGGCAGCAACAACAAAACAGCCGGCAAAUUUCCUCAACCAAACAAGGGUGAAUGUUUGACAGAAAGAACAACAGAUGCUGGCAAGCCAUUUUUCAAACCCGCUACGAAGAAGCGGAAGGUGUCAACGACGGAUGCCUUAACACAAAUUGACAAGGCGUUAGAGGCAUUUGUUUCCUAUCAACAAGCUGCUGAUAGGAGUUUUCUUGCCGCAGAGGAGGCUCGUGAAAGACGAGAAGAAGAAAGGGAGGAGAGAAGAAGGAAGGAAGACCAGGAGUUUCUGCUGAAAUUGGCGCAGGUACUUCGAAAAUAAAAAGUACGUGUCUUCAACAAUUUAAUUUGCGAUCGUACC